GGUCACCAGAACUCCCAGCAGUGUGGAGCGACCAAGACUUACACCCGAAGCCAGAACUCUGAAGCCGUGCAGGACAGCUCUGCUGCAUCUCUCUCCACCCCAACUUGACCCAGUUCGCCAUGAGAUCCAAUGGAAUACCCUGCUCCUUGGCCCUGCUGGCCCUCGCCCUGGUUCUAUGUGCCCACAGCGCCGCCUCACAGCCCGAUCAGAACCGCGACCUCCGACACCGCAGGCUCCUCCAGAGAGCACGCGCCGCCGCUGCCAUGGCAACCCAGCGGGAGUGGAGCAAGCGAGCCAUGGAGGACCUGCUGUCCCGUGUUUCCCUGCCUGAGGAGACGGUUCCAGAGGAAAGUGAGGUGUCUAUAUCCGAGCUGAAGGGAGAUGUGGACAUGGACGUGGACAUGGACGUGGAACUCGAACACUUGGCGGAACCAAAGUACCUGCCGCCUCGGGCCCGCAGGGCUGACUGCUUCUACUGGAAGAGCUUCACCUGCUGAGACUCCGCCUAUAUGCCAUCACAUAACUCAACACCAUCCAAUCAGAUCAGAUCAUACUCCAUAACCACGCCCCUACA